AUGGAAAAGCAAGUGCUGGAGUCCUCUGAGGAGCGAACAUUUCAGUACCAAGAUUCACUGCCUUCCCUGCCGGUACCUCCUCUCGAUGAAUCUCUAAGUAAAUACCUUGAUGCAGUGAAGCCAUUUCUAAAUCAAGAAGAAAAUCAAAGAACUGAUGAUUUGGAGAGAGCUAAAACGAGAAGGAAUUGGCUGGAGGACUGGUGGCUGAAUGUGGCUUAUCUUGAUCUUCGCAUAUCAACACAAAUACACUGUAAUAUGGGAGGCCCUGGUCCCUAUAUUGAACACUGCUGGCCACCCAAAGAGGGCACUCAGAUAGAAAGAGCAUGUGUAUAUAUAUGGCACACCCUGAAAUACUGGGAUCUACUACGAGCAGAGAAGGUGGCUAUAGAGAGAUCUGGGAAUGCUGUUCUGGACAUGAACCAAUUUCGAAUGCUCUUCUGCACUUGCAAAAUUCCUGGAGUUACCAGAGACUCAAUUGGCAGUUAUUUUAAAACUGAGACUGAAGGAGAGUGCCCAUCUCACUUAAUAGUACUGUGUCGAGGUCGAGUGUUUGCAUUUGAUGCUAUACAUGAAGGCAAUAUGGUGACUCCUCCAGAGAUUUUCAGGCAACUUACUUAUAUACAGAGAAGAUGCCAUAAUGAACCAGAUGGACCAGGAGUGGCAGCCCUAACAAGCAACGAAAGGACAAAAUGGGCAGAGUUACGUGAAUAUUUGAUUGAUCUUGAUGCAAAGAACUUAACUCUUCUGGAAAAAAUUCAGAGAAGUUUGUUUGUGGUCUGCCUCGAUGAUUCUAGUCCCCAUGCAACUCCUGAGGACUACACUGAGCUUACAAGGUUGGGGCUAACAGGUGAUCCGACUGUUCGCUGGGGAGACAAAUCCUACAACAGUAUAUUCUUUUCCAAUGGAACCUGUAGCGCAUUCUGUGAUCAUUCUCCUUUUGAUGCCAUGGCUUUAAUUACCAUGUUGUUAUAUGCCGAAAAGAAGAUCAUUGAAAAUGAGGGAAAAUGGAAGGGAUCAGAUAAAGUGAGGGAUAUUCCAUGGCCAGAGGAACUUGUAUUCACAGUGGAUCAGAAAAUUAUGAAUGAAAUUGGAUGUACUAAAGAAUUGUAUUACAAAAAGGUAUCUGACUUGCAGCUAGUGAGUUAUGCCUUCACAUCCUUCGGCAAAGCAUUGAUUAGAAAGAAGAAACUUCAUCCCGAUACAUUUGUGCAGCUUGCGCUUCAGCUGGCUUACUACAAAUGCCAUGGACGCCCAGGCUGCUGUUACGAAACUGCCAUGACCAGGCGCUUCUAUCAUGGCCGCACAGAGACCAUAAGAUCGUGUACUGUGGAAGCAAUGGAGUGGAGCAAGUCCAUGCUGGAUCCUUCUGCCAGUACUUACCAACGACUGCAGCUGAUGCAUAAAGCGUUUGCAAAGCACAAUAAAAUGAGGAAAGAAUGUGAGAAUGGAAAAGGAUUUGAUCGUCAUCUUCUGGGUCUCCUACUCAUAGCACAAGAGCAAGGCCUGCCAGUGCCAGAACUUUAUGUGGAUAAUGCCUUCACAGCUAGUGGAGGAGGUGGGAAUUUUGUUCUUUCAACUAGUCUGACUGGCUACACUAGGUUUAGUGGAUCUGCAAUCCCUAUGGUACAUCAUGGCUAUGGCUUUUUUUAUGCAAUCAGAGAUGACAGGAUUGUCGCUACUUGUUCUUCUUGGAAAUCGUGUCCAGAGACUGAUGCAGAAUUGCUGUGCAGAACUGUGUUCCAGUGUUUUCAGGACAUGCUGCAGUUAACAGUUACAGCUCAGCUGUAA